AUGUCCGAGGAUGAUGCAGGCGUGCAUCGCUUGGAGGGCACCAUGGUCCAGGAGCAGCGCGGCGGCCUGGUGCUCAAGAGGCCCAAGGACAGCAGCAGUGCCAGCGGAAGCGGCGGCUGCUUUAAAGUUCCGCAGGGCUCGCUACUUGGCCUGGACAAGCUAGCCGCAAAGCGACGCGCUGAAAAGGCGUGUGCCGAGCGCCUGAUCUCCUUUCAGGACACUGAGUACGAUGACGGUGGCACGCCCUCAAGCACACCUAACGCCACAACGCCUGCCAGCGAAUUUGCCUUUAAGAAACCGGACACUAAGAGCUUCGAGAAGCUGAGUCGUCAGCUGCGCGAGCACAAAGACGAGACGCCAUCGCACACGGGCGGCGUCUCGGAGAAGGCCAGAGAACGGCUGCGCGAGCACAUCCAGCGGGAUCGGGACCGGCACAAGGGUGCAGUGCACAAGACGACGCGCGAUGACUCAGACAGUAAACGGGAUCGCGAGAGGGAUAGAGACAGGGAUAGAGAGCGUGAGCGGGACAGACAGCGACGCGGCGACGAGCGACGCAAGCGAGCACGGGAACAGGAUCAGGAACAGUCCCACAGAGACGGCAGACGCAGGGAUCGAGAACGUGAUCGGGAUCGUUCUGCUUCGGUGCGUAGCCUGCACACGCCCAGGGAGCCGGGUACACCAGGUGGCACUGGCGGUGUGUUAAAUAGCUCCUGGGACGAUGACGAUGCCGAGGGCGGCGGUGUUCGCAAAUCUGAUUGGGACUUCCCAACGCCACGUGGCGCUGGCUCCGGCUACGGCACCGGCGAUUGGUCCGAUAGAGGCAACAGUCGCAGCCGGAGUUUCAAUGCGGAUGACACAGCGCGCGCAACGCCAGCGCAUCGCUAUAAUCAAUGGGCACACGAUCGCAAGCGCAGCGGUGCCACGCCCUGGACCGGAGAUGCCGAGUCCCGUGACCUGUGGGAGGAGGAACAGCGACGCCUCGACCGCGAAUGGUAUAACAUUGACGAGGGCUACGAUGACGAGAACAAUCCGUUUGGCGGCACCAAUGCCGAUUACUAUCGCCGGCGCGAGGAACAGCUGGAGCAGAAGCGCAAAAAGCGCAUCAGCGCCCAGCAGCGACAGAACAACCGGGACAAUGAGCUGUGGGAGCGCAAUCGGAUGCUCACAUCGGGCGUUGUCACCUCGAUCAAUGUCAGCGACGAUUUCGAUGAGGAGGCGCUCGAGCGCGUCCAUUUGCUGGUGCAUCAUAUAGUGCCACCAUUUUUGGACGGACGCAUUGUGUUCACCAAGCAGCCGGAGCCGGUGGUGCCAGUCAAAGAUCCCACCUCCGAUAUGGCAUUGCUGGCGCGCAAAGGCAGCGCCCUGGUGCGCAAUUAUCGGGAGCAAAAGGAGCGCCGCAAGGCGCAAAAGAAGCACUGGGAGCUGGGCGGCACUAAGCUGGGCAACAUAAUGGGCGUGCAGCGGCCGCAGGAUGAGGAUGAUGCCAAAUUCGACAAGGAACACGACACCGCCGACUAUCGCAAGGAUCAAAAGUUUGCGGAUCACAUGCGCGACAUGCAGGACACCAAAAGCGGCGGCAAAAGCGAAUUCUCACGCAAGAAAACCAUCGGCGAGCAGCGUCGCUUCCUGCCAGUCUUUGCCUCGCGCCAAGAGCUCCUCAAUGUCAUACGCGAGAACUCGGUGGUCAUCAUUGUCGGCGAAACCGGCAGCGGCAAGACGACGCAGCUAACCCAAUAUUUGCACGAGGAUGGCUACAGCAAGCGCGGCAUGAUUGGCUGCACCCAGCCGCGCCGUGUGGCCGCCAUGUCUGUGGCGAAGCGCGUCUCCGAUGAGAUGGACACACAAUUGGGCGAGGAUGUCGGCUAUGCCAUACGCUUUGAGGACUGCACUUCGGAGCGCACCGUCAUCAAGUACAUGACCGAUGGUAUUUUAUUGCGUGAGAGCCUGCGCGAUCCGGAUCUGGAUAGCUACGCGGCCAUUAUUAUGGAUGAGGCGCACGAGCGAUCGCUCUCAACGGAUGUGCUCUUCGGAUUGCUGCGCGAGAUUGUGGCGCGGCGACAUGACCUGAAGCUGAUUGUGACCUCGGCCACGAUGGACUCGAGCAAGUUUGCGACAUUCUUCGGGAACGUGCCGACGUUUACCAUACCGGGACGUACGUUUCCGGUGGAUGUGAUGUUUAGCAAGAACGCGUGCGAGGAUUAUGUGGAAUCGGCCGUUAAGCAGGCGCUUCAGGUGCAUCUGACGCCCAACGAGGGCGACAUGCUGAUCUUUAUGCCCGGCCAGGAGGAUAUCGAGGUCACCUGCGAGGUGCUCGAAGAACGACUCAGCGAGAUAGAUAAUGCGCCCGAGCUGAGCAUAUUGCCCAUCUACUCGCAGCUGCCCUCCGAUCUGCAGGCGAAGAUCUUCCAAAAGUCCGCCGACGGCGUACGCAAAUGUGUGGUGGCCACCAACAUUGCGGAAACAUCGCUCACAGUCGAUGGCAUCAUCUAUGUGAUCGACUCCGGCUACUGCAAGCUGAAGGUCUACAAUCCGCGCAUAGGCAUGGAUGCCCUACAGAUCUAUCCGAUCUCCCAGGCGAAUGCCAAUCAGCGUUCCGGUCGUGCCGGUCGCACGGGUCCCGGCCAGGCGUUCCGCCUCUACACGCAGCGCCAAUACAAGGACGAGCUGCUGGCACUCACCGUGCCCGAAAUACAGCGCACCAAUCUGGCCAAUACGGUGCUGUUGCUCAAAUCCCUGGGCGUGGUCGAUCUGCUGCAAUUCCAUUUCAUGGACCCACCGCCACAGGAUAACAUCCUAAAUUCGCUCUACCAGCUGUGGAUAUUGGGCGCAUUGGAUCACACCGGCGCCCUGACCACUCUGGGCAGGCAAAUGGCCGAGUUUCCGCUGGAUCCGCCACAGUGCCAGAUGCUCAUCGUUGCCUGCCAAAUGGAGUGCAGCGCCGAGGUGCUUAUCAUAGUAUCCAUGUUGUCUGUACCCUCCAUAUUCUAUAGACCCAAGGGGCGCGAGGAGGAGGCGGAUGGUGUACGCGAAAAGUUCCAGGUGCCCGAAUCGGAUCAUCUAACCUAUCUGAAUGUCUACCUGCAGUGGAAGCAGAACAGCUAUAGCUCCACGUGGUGCAACGAGCACUUCAUACACAUCAAGGCGAUGCGCAAGGUGCGCGAGGUGCGCCAACAGCUAAAGGACAUCAUGACGCAGCAGAAAAUGAACGUGAAGUCAUGCGGCACCGACUGGGACAUUGUGCGCAAGUGCAUCUGCUCCGCCUAUUUCUACCAGGCGGCACGUCUGAAGGGCAUCGGCGAGUACGUGAAUCUGCGCACAGGCAUGCCCUGCCAUUUGCAUCCGACGUCGGCGCUAUACGGUCUGGGCACCACGCCCGACUAUGUGGUCUACCAUGAGCUCAUUAUGACCGCCAAGGAGUAUAUGCAGUGUGCCACCGCUGUCGAUGGCUACUGGCUGGCCGAGCUGGGGCCCAUGUUCUUUUCGGUGAAGGAGACCGGACGCAGCGGCCGGGACAAAAAGAAACUGGCCGCCGAGCAUCUAAAGGAAAUGGAGGAGCAAAUGUUGCAGGCCCAGCACGAGAUGGAGGAGCGCAAACAGCAGGCGGCACAGCGCGAGGAGCAGCUGGCGGGCAAACAGGAAAUCGCCACGCCCGGCAAUGCAACGCCACGCCGUACUCCGGCACGCAUCGGCCUCUAGCCUGGCCAUAGCCCA